AGACAUCUUUGAAUCAUGAUGAACUACGUAUCAUUAAUAUUCAUAGUUUUGACCACCAAUGUCAUUUUAUUUCCGUUGGAAGCUUCUUCGUUAUCAUGUAGAAAAUGUGAGAGUGAAGAUCCCGACAGUGACUGCAGAACAGGCAGUGUAAACACAAAUGAAGAAUGUCCAACAGGUGGCAUGUGUAUCGAAUAUUAUAUUAGGUCGAGCAGAAGGCAUGUAUGGUAUAGAGAAUGUGGUAACAGUAAUUCAUGUGCCGUAUUCAAGAAAAAAUACAGAUUGUCCUUGGAGCAAUGCAAAACCUGUGGAAAUGACUUGUGUAACGAUGAUGAAAUGAAGGUUGCCAUUUGAUCCAGAAAAAAUGUCAUCUACUUGCAUUUUUAACGACUUACUGUAACUUCUUUUCCCCUCUUCAAAUGUUCUGAUUAAAAAAUUACAAUUAA